AUGGCAGAUUUAGGUGCUCAGCAAGGUCGCAAUUACCGACCGCCACCCCAGUAUGGGCACGCAUCGUCUUUUCAGCGAGAUGCUGCCUACUCGGAGAUUUUCGGGGCGAACCCCACGGGCCGUGCACAGACGAUGACUUCUCAAACUCCUCCCUUCGCUCAGGACCGCGCCCGCACCACGUCUUCCCAUACGGUGGGCGAAGCAUAUAUGCAUCCCCGAGCUGCUCCUCCGCCGGCGGCGUCACCGAUUCGUCAGUCCUCCGACGGAUAUGGGUAUCCCCCCCCAAAUGGAUAUAACAACCAUCACCCUCCUCCGCAACGGCAGCCAAAUGGACCCUAUCAUCAUUCUCAACCACCUCCUCAAAACCUUCCGCGCCCUUACCCGGGCCGUCCCCAGUAUCCUCAGCCCCAGCGUCUGGAUUCAAGGCCUGGUCCAAUGCAACCACCUUAUCCAAAUAAAGUCCCCGGCAGGCCUCUUCCUCCCCCAGCACUUAACUCAGAUCAGUACAGGUCUCGUUCCAUGGCUAGAAUGGGUGGCCCUCCCAUGUAUCAUCAACCUCCUCCCCCGAGUAACUUCAACCAUACAUCAGCAAACGCCUUUCGACAGCAACCAUACCACCACGCAGGCUCUAUGACUCCACAAGGCCGAGUCGUUCCGGAACGGCGUGACAAUGAACGCUCCAUGUCCAUGAGUUCGUAUACUUCGAACUAUGAUCAUGCCCGGACGAUCAAUUCUGGACGGAUUGUCCCAACUAGGCGUCGAGAGUCAGGCAUGGAGAAGGAGCGGACUGAAUCGUCACUCUCGGGUCAACCUAUCUUCGAACAACCUAUCCCCACCUCGAUGGUUCCCGGGCCAGAUCCGCAGUCUAGAUCAAGACGUCCGAGCGAUACAUCGAUCAACUCUCGAACAUUUUCCAUGGCAUCCACCGUCACCCCGGAACGAACGACUAGUGUACAACCGGGUAAUGCCGUCAUUCCUAAACCAGCGAGCCAACCGCAUCCCACCCCACAUCAUAGUCGUAGAUCUCCUCUCGUCUAUCCUGCUUUACUUUCCCGCGUGGCUACAGUGUUUAGAGAAAGGAUAUCUGUUGGAGAACGACUUAAAAAUGAUCUAGCAUAUACUAACGCUUUUACCGGGGCUGAAGCGGUGGAUUUGAUAUCUUACAUUAUUAAAACGUCUGAUCGUAACUUGGCCUUGCUGCUUGGGCGUGCGUUGGAUGCCCAGAAAUUCUUCCACGAUGUCACCUAUGACCAUCGAUUGAGAGACGCUCCAGGAGAGUUAUACCAGUUUAAAGAAACAAUGGGCGAAGAGGAUCCGGUUUCCGAGGUCAACGGUGUCUUCACCCUACUUACUGAGUGCUACUCUCCAACUUGUACCAGGGAUAAACUUUGUUAUUCUAUUGCCUGCCCAAGACGACUUGAGCAGCAAGCACGAUUGAACCUUAAACCUCAACCAGGAUUAAGGUCCUCCGCGUCAAAGGGAAGCUUACAUGACAAUGAUGACAACGAUGACCAGAAACUAUGGAUCAACAUGGUUCCUAAAGAAGUUGCUGACAGCAUUGAUGAUCGGGAGAAGAAGCGCCAGGAAAUUAUAUUCGAGAUCAUGUAUACUGAACGCGAUUUCGUUAAGGACUUGGAGUAUUUGAGAGAUUUCUGGAUGAGGCCCCUGAGAUCUGCCAACAAUACUAAUCUUUCCCCGGUUCCGGAACACCGCCGGGAGAAAUUCAUUCGAACCGUUUUUUCAAACUGUUUGGAGGUCUUAGCCGUCAACUCUAAACUGUGCGAAGCUCUGAAUGCCAGGCAGAAGGAGUCCAGUGUGGUGAAGACAGUCGGGGACAUUUUCCUUCAAUUCGUACCACGUUUCGAUCCCUUCAUUAAAUAUGGUGCUAAUCAAUUGUACGGAAAAUACGAGUUUGAGAAGGAACGAGCAUCGAACCCUGCAUUUUCCAAGUUCGUUGACGAGACUGAACGCCUCAAGGAAUCAAGGAAGCUCGAGCUGAAUGGCUACCUCACCAAGCCAACGACUCGAUUGGCGAGGUACCCACUACUUUUGGAACAAGUCGUCAAGAACACGGCGGAUGACAAUCCCGACAAAAAGGAUAUCCCCAAAGCUAUUGCUCUUAUUCGAGAUUUCUUGUCACGGGUCAACACAGAAAGUGGAAAAGCCGAGAACCAUUUCAAUUUGGUGCAGCUGAACAUGGCCUUGAAAUUUUCGCCUGGAGAUUAUGUUGACUUGAAGCUCACGGAGGAAAAUCGAGUAAUGUUGACUAAGAUGGGUUUCAAAAAGGGCCCAACAGACUCUGCCGAGGUCACUGCAUAUCUAUUUGACCAUGCAGUUCUGCUGGUUAGGAUCAAGGCUGUCAAUAAGCGAGAAGAAUACAGGGUGUACAGGAAGCCUAUCCCUCUUGAACUUCUCGUUAUCACUCAAAUGGAGGAGGUGAUCCCGAAACUGGGCCUUGCCAAACGACCAUCUGGAAACCUCAUUGCCGCUACCAGGGCUGCCAACAAUACCCCCACUUCAUCUAAGGAUGGCUUUCCCAUUACAUUCCGACAUCUCGGUAAGGGAGGCUACGACCAAACUCUCUAUGCAACUUCCUCGACACAGCGGAGGAAAUUCAUCGAGCUUGUCGGAGAACAGCAACGAAAACUCAGGGAAAGGAAUAGCAACUUUUACUCCAAGACCAUCCUUUGUGAGAAGUUUUUCACUUCUUCUAACCGAGUCAACUGUUUGGUGCCUAUUGAUGGAGGGCGAAAACUGGUCUACGGCACGGAUAGUGGCAUAUACAUAUCGGAGCGAUGGCCAAAGGACAAGUCGGCGAAACCACGGCGUGUCCUUGACGCAAGCGGUGUCACUCAAAUCGAUGCCCUUGAAGAGUAUCAGUUGCUCUUGGUGCUAGCCAACAGGACGCUUAGUUCCUAUUCGAUGGAGGCGCUGGAUGCCAGUGAGAACCAGAAUCCGUUGGUUCGUCGACCGAAGAAAAUUCAAGGACAUACCAAUUUCUUCAAGUCCGGAAUUGGGCUCGGGCGACAUCUAGUCUGCUCAGUAAAGACAUCUGCCUUGUCAACGACAAUCAAGGUGUAUGAACCUGUGGAGAAUCUUGCGAAGGGGAAGAAGAAGCCAUUGAGCAAGAUGUUCCAGGGUGGCCAAGAUGCUUUCAAGCCUUUCAAGGAAUUUUACAUUCCUGCGGAAUCUUCUUCCGUCCAUUUCUUACGAGCAACACUCUGCGUAGGCUGUUCUCGCGGCUUCGAGGUUGUCAGUCUCGAAACCACUGAAAGACAAUCGCUGCUGGACCAGGCCGAUACCUCCCUCGAUUUCGUUGCUAGAAAAGAGAACGUAAAGCCCAUCCAUAUUGAACGGAUGAACGGCGAGUUCCUCCUUAACUAUAGCGACUUCUCCUUCUUCGUCAACCGCAACGGCUGGAGGGCUCAGCCAGACUGGAGAAUAGCGUGGGAAGGAAAUCCUGUCGCAUUCGCGUUAUCGUAUCCGUACAUUCUCGCUUUCGAAUCGAGCUUUAUAGAAAUCAGGCACAUUGAAAGCAGCGAACUAAUCCACGUCAUGACGGGACGGAAUAUUCGGAUGUUGCAUUCGUCUACUAGGGAGAUUAUUUAUGCGUACGAAGACGAAGCAGGCGAAGAUGUGGUGGCUAGCUUGGACUUCUGGAACAAACCCGCGUAAGCUGGCAUGAAGCGGGGAGGAACCUGGAAGGUAUGAAGAAAAAAAACAGCCACUGUAACGAAGCAAAACAAAGAAAAAAGGUAUUUUUUUUGUUGAUAAUUUUCCUGCCUACUGUCCCUGUUUCACCUUCCCCAGAUGAGCUUUGGCGAACAAUUUUUCGAACUUUGGUCACAGUUAUUUUCUGCGAACGAUCUUGCGCUUAUUUAUUCCUUUAUCCUUUCUCAGUUAAAUUUUUUUUAUAUUUUUAUAGAAGUCCCUUCCGUUUGUUUACAUUCUUCGUUUCUCUUUCUUCUUUCCCCUUCCCCCAUUUCCACACAUACGCACACGUACACACACUUGACGAGAAUACCCCCGCGUCAUUUUUUUGCUUUACUUCCCCCUUGCUCCCCGUCCCAAAUAUCUUCUUCUUCAACCUGCUUAGUUUCACCAAGGCUGGUUUAAUUUCCCUGAUUCUUUUCUAUCCUCACUUGUCAUGCUUUUGUUUUUUCUUCUUUAUUUCCUUUUCAUCCAGCACUCUUAUGAUUUUACUAUAUCCUUUCCACCCUUUAUUAUCCAAUUUAAAUUCUGCUAAGCG